AUGAUAUCGCCUUGGCAUCCAAGUUGCUCCAUUUUCUUGUUAUUGUCCUGGCUCUCCUUGGCAGAAAGCCAAAAAGUUGCCAUUAUUGGUGGUGGUCUCUCUGGCACAUUUACUUCCAAGUACCUGGUUGAUUUGGAUGGCAAAGGCUGCAAUCUCGAUUCCAUUACCAUUUUUGAUCCCCUUCCCAUCGGUGGACCAGCUCCCACGUCCGAUGACGAUUGGCAAGGCAGCCGUGUCUCCUCGGUCGCAUUGCCGGAUGGACGCAUUGUGGAAUUGGGAGCCUCGGUCUUUCACGAAGCCAAUCAGUUGGUCAAGGACAUGAUUGACAAUGAUCCUGCCUUGGAAAUUGGAACACCCUUCAAUGUGGGGAAUGACGCAACCAUUCAACAUCAUGUCCCUCCUCGAGAAGGACUGGGUAUUUACGAUGGUGAUGGAGCAUGGGCGUACAUGGGGAAUAAAAGUGAUCCCUGGAAUACUGUCAAAACCGUGCUUCGCUACAAUAUGGAUCUCUACCGGGUCGAUCGAGCCACACAACACGCUCUGGAAAGCUUUUUGGAAAUUCCGGCAUUGCUCAACAGCACGGCACCCGACACCUUUUUUGAAUCUCCCGAUGACAUGUGGCAACGAGUCCAGUUGCUCAAACCGACCCAUGCAUCGUAUUCACAAUUACUCGAUGCCAUGGGAAUUUGGGCCGAGGAUUCCUGGUUUCAUUCCCUCAUUCCUCAUGGUGGUUACUUGGGAUCCUUACGGAGAGAAUUAUUGACGGCAAUCAACCUCAUCAAUUACAAUCAACCCAAUUCACAUAUCAAUGGACUCGUGGGGUUGGUUAGUUUUGCCGCCAGCAAGGGACCUCUUUACAGUGUCGUGGGAGGGAAUCAACAAAUGAUACGUUCCGCGUUUUCACAAGCGCAAACCAAUCGUCGACAGAAUUGUCAACAAGGCGAUGGCCUCAAUGUUGUGACGCACGUCGCCCAACGAGUGACCACCGUCAUUGGAAGCAUGGAUGGAUUUGAACUCUUUGCCGGACAAGAAGUACUGGGAACUUUUGAUGCAGUUGUAUUGGCAGCACCCCUACAACAAUGUCGCAUUCAGUUUCUCAUCCCCAGUCAAUUUGAUUCGGCCGUACUGCAGCCCAUGCCCUUGGCAAAUGCAAUGGUCGAUACAGACAAGGCAGAGUCCCAGAAAGAUCAUGAAGGGCAUCCAGUGUUACCCGACAAACUACCAGACUGCUCCCGUCGACCAUUCACACAGGUUGUCACCACUGUAGUGAGUGGAGCCACUCUGAAUCACGAGCACUUUCACAUUGACAAGGACAAACUGCCACGGGCUGUCUGUGUGACGGAACGGGGGAAAGAAAAGGAAGGAGGCAUCACUGUCAUCUCUGAAAUUGCUGGAGAUGGCGUGUACAAAAUGUUUUCAUCCAAUGUACUGAGUGAGGACACGCUGAAAGGGCUGUUUGGGCCAGGUCAUACUGUGGAAUUCGUCAAGACAUGGGGUGGUCCACAUGGAGGAGCCACUCCUGACUACCAAGGUCAAGGUGUCAGUGUGGGAUACCUCUUGUACGACGGAGCCACUGGACUGGAAGGUCACACUAAGAACGGUGCGUUAUACUACCCAAAUGCCAUUGAAACGGCACUCGCCUGCAUGGAAGCCAGUGCUAUCGGUGCCAAGUCGGUCGCCAAGCUGUUGGCACGGCGGUUUGGUAUCAUUCAACCAUCGUCUCGCAAAUCACACAAUGGCGAAGAGUUAUGA